UCAGCCAAUCAGAGGCAGCGAUGAGGCUCCGCGGUGGUGACGCGAAGGGCGGGGACAGGUUACCUGGUAACAACUCAAACACUGUUGAUAGGAUGGCAAUGCGGAAGAGCUUGAAGUCUAAAACAAGCAACAAGUUGGUGAUCACCUCCGUUGCCUUUCAAGACCACAUCACACAGAGCCUGCUGCAUCCAAAUUUCUCAUUUUCUGACCCUUUGCUGAGCUGCAAAAGAAAAGCAUCCAGAAAUCGACAAGCACAAAGAAGAGCGGAGGAGAUGGGUUCACAGGGACAGGACGAGCGAGACGAGAGAGAAUAUGUGCUUGAUUCUGCUCCACCUCCAUUAACAUUAGCUCAGAAGAUGGGUUUGGUGGCUUCCCCAGUAGGGAGACUGAGGGAGGAUGAAUGGACGCAGGUCAAGGCGAGGUCUAUUCAGCAGGGGGAAUCAGCUCAGCCCUGUGCAAUAUGCAGGGAGGAGUUUCGCCUUCAGCCUCAGGUGUUGCUGUCUUGCUCUCACGUUUUCCACAGAGCAUGUCUGCAGGCCUUUGAGAGGUUCUCCGGGAGGAAGUGCUGCCCUUUGUGCAGAAGGCAGCAGUAUGAAACACGGGUGAUUCAUGACGCAGCUCGCCUCUUCAGACACCAGUGUGCUGCUAGAAUUCAAGCAUGCUGGCGAGGCUAUGUUGCUCGAAGGUGGUACAGACAUAUGAGGAAAACAAUCUGCCCAAAAGACAAACAGCUGCGACACAAAUUCUUCGAAGCAAAGUUGCAGGAGUUGAAUGACAGCUUUGUCCGAUACUGUCACACCGACACAGAGGCUUUUCUGAGUGAUAUCGACCGCUCCCUGUCAUCAAGCAGACGAGUGUUCAAGCAGCUGGAGAGAAAAAGUGUCUCCGAACCGCAGGAGAACGACUGGGACCGAAUACAGAACCAGGUUAUCCAGAGAGGUGUCUGGGACUGCCCCAUCUGCCUGAACGCGCUUUGCAGCCUGAACCUCCCGACAGAAGCUGGUAGAUCCAACCAUCAACAACACAGACGAACCGUGCUUCUGUCCUGCUCUCACCUCUUCCACCAGCUCUGUUUAGAGGCUUUCGAGGCCUUUACUGCAAACAGCAGACCUUCAUGUCCCCUGUGUAGAUCUGUCUACCACAAAAAACUAAUCUAAAACAGGUACAAAUUUAUGCAAGAUAGCAUUUUAAAUCAUCCCAUCUAGUAACAUUUAUAGUCUCAAGUACCCUGUACUUAAAGAAAGCAAAAUCAUUACAUCUUACGAUAACAAGAUGAAAGGAAUAAUUUGGUAUUUACUAUUUCUGGAAAUUUUAUUUAUUCACUUUCUUGCAGAGUGUGUUUACAGGGUGUUAUGUUUUAUCCAAGCACAGUAUACAACUCCCCGUAAAUACACAAGCUGCCAUGUUUACAUUGUUGUUUGUGUACGGAUUAAACAAGUGAAAUUUAAUUUGUUAGUGAGCUUUAGGGCUGCUGAUAGGUCAUUCAUUUAUUUAUUUUACCUUUGGACAGAGCCAGGCUAGUUGCUCAUCCUGCUUCCCGUCUCUAUGCUAAGCUAAACUAAGCUAAGGUAAUUGGGCCCUCUAGCUCCGUACCUAGUGCAAAAGCAUGAGAAUUGUAUUGCUCUUCUUACCUAAUUCUCAGCAAGAAGCGAAUAAGUGUAUUUCCCAAAAAUUUGUAAUAUUCAUUUAAGUAAUUUGUCAACCACCACUGAUGUCCUGGAUGCCGCAAUAAUAAACAAAAAGAUGUUGAAGCA